ACUCUCAGUUCGUAAUUCGAGCAGGCAGGCCGCAGGCAGCUGCAGUUUGUUCAUGAUCAUGAUAAUAAAAUGAUUAUACUUACGACUUUUAAAACAGAAAUUGAAAAUAUAGCUCUUAUUCGUUUUAAAUCAUCCCGAUCUAUCGUAUGGUAACGUUUGAAGAGUGCUGAAAUGCCUUAUUUCAAACCUGUUGGAACAAAGAAAGACAACGAUCGCCAUCGACCAGCUGCGUGAUGUAAACAAUGAUGACGUAACCACAAGGAACAAAACAUUAUUCAAUACUAUUUAUUAAAUUUCAAUAGCUUUUCUACUCUAUGGAGUCGAAUAUCAUUUUGAUGUAUAUCAAAAAUAUAUACAAUACAUUAAAUUAUUUAUUUAAUGAUAUGAGAGGUAACAAUUGAUUUCGAAAUAUUAUUCAAAACUAUUCUUAAACAACGACUUUUACCAAAUUACAUAUUGGACGCGGGAAAAUCCCGAAUUCGCAGAGUUCGCUUGAUUAACCUAUGGCUAUGCCGUGCGAUUAACCCCAGUGCGCUCCCAAUCCUCGGCUCUCCAUCUGGCAUCGAUUUGACGAAGCGUAGCUGAGGUUUAUGAUAAUAAAGACAGAAAUGGCGUCGACCGGACAAGAAACUUUUCAACGUUUGUCUUGCGACUACGAAAAUCUGUCUUCUCGAUUUAUGCUGCAAGAUCGGAACUACCAGAGACAGUAUGCACAUCUGUACUCAGAACGGUUGACUCUUAUGAGACCUGCCCUUGAGGAAUCGGCUAGGAGGAAAUGGGGUGAAGACGCUCCUUUAUGUCAUCUGUAUCAGCUGGUUGGUGGUGAGAAACGUAUUGUUGUAGGAACACUCUUUAAAAGCAUGGAGCUAAAACCAAGCAUCCUUAAAGAAAUAAGCGAAGAUCGUAAUCUAACACCCCAGCCCAAAAGAGAAAGGUUCUUCUCCGAUUCUGACUUUCUGGUUCUAGAAGAUGAACUUCAGAGGGUAGUCCUGACUGGAAAUAUUGAUGCACAGACGGCUAUUACAGGUGUCGUGCUAGCAGUGAAAGGAUUUGAGAAUGACGAUGGCAAGUUUGAGGUGGAGGAUAUGUGCUAUGUGGAUUUACCGAGCAUUGAGGAAUAUCCGCCACUAGAUGAUGAUCGGUAUCUCAUCUUGAUGUCGGGUCUAGGCAUUGGUAGUGAUCAAACCGAUCCGAUGAGUCUCCAGCUAAUGGUCGACAUCAUCACCGGUCAGCUCGGGACAGCUGACCAACAGAAGAUGUUCUCCAAGGUUGUGAGGGUCAUCAUUGCUGGUAACAGCCUCAGCGAAAGUACUAGGGAUAGAGAUGUUCUCACUACGGCCAAAUAUUUAACAAGGAAAUCUCAAGCAGGGACUGUAGAAGCUAUUAAAACCCUGGACCACUUAUUAGUACAACUAACGAGUUGCAUUCCGGUAGAUCUAAUGGCAGGCGAUUUCGAUCCAGCCAAUUCUAGUCUUCCUCAGCAGCCGUUUCAUCGAUGCAUGUUCCCACAAUCCAGCGUCUAUUCUACGUUCAACUCCGUCACCAACCCUUAUGAGGCGAAGAUUGCAGGAAUGAGAGUGCUUGGUUCAUCAGGUCAGAAUGUAAGAGACAUCUAUCAGUUUACAACCAUGGACGAUAGACUUGCAAUCCUAGAGCAAACCUUGAAAUACGGUCACAUUGCUCCAUCAGCCCCUGAUACUUUAGCAUGCUAUCCGUACUACAACAAAGAUCCUUUCAUCAUUAAAGAUUGCCCAGCCAUCUACUUCACAGGAAACCAACCAAGAUUCCAGACCAAGAAAGUGACAGGUUCAGAUGAUGAAGAGGUUCUGCUUGUAACUGUUCCUAGUUUCCAAGAGACCAAAUCCUGCGUGAUAGUCAACCUGAGAACCAUGGAUUGCCAACCGCUUCUCUUCUCGGCCGAUCUCUCAUCUAGCUGAAAAUCACAUCACAUUCUAUGCCGAUUGAGAGGGGUGUUUCACAGAGAUUUAAGUGUGACUUAGAGUCGCACGUAAAUGUCUAGUUGCGCGUGGUAUAAAACCCACCACCGUAUUGGUUAUAUCAUGCUAAGAUGAUGCGCGUUACUGCGUAUUCAUCAUUGAGAUUGCGUGUUAAAUCAUCAUGUGCUCGUAGACACUAAUACCCCCGUCACACUUAUUCGGAAUCAGCAGGAAUCGAGCAGAACCAGCCGGAAUGAAGAACUUUCAAAAUUCGUGCCACAUUCUGGAGGGAAUUUGAAAUUUUCACUACUUUUGCAAAAAUGUCGUUCGAAUACUUAGAACGUCCUUUGAUCCCGCCUCGAAUGAUUCUUGCACAUUCCGGGUGUAUUGACUGUCGAAUGCAGCAGCUCGAAUACAGUCGGAACACAGGAAGAAUAUUAAGAAUGCUGUUAGAAUGCAGCAAGAAUAUUUAGAAUGCAGUCAGAGAGCAGUCAGAAUGCACUUCGAAUGUCGUUCGAUAUUUCUCCACUUCGAAUGCACUUCGAAAGAUUUGAACAUGAGCAAAACAUUCGGGCCGGUCACAAGAAUGGACCCGAAUGUCUGAAAUGCACUCAGAAUGCAGUCAGAAUUUUUAGAAUGCGCUUCGAAUAUCCAGGAAUUUUCAUUCCGACGGCAUUCCGGCUCAUUCCGCCUCUAGUGUGACGGGGGUUUAAGCAUGACUUGAAGUCAUAGUUAAAUCUUUGUGAAACUCCCCCCGGAUUUAAGUCUUGAAAUGACUUUCAUCAUCCUAUUUAACCAAGGUGGGUGUUUCAUAAAGCUGCUCGUGAAGUUAUGGACAACUUUAAACACAAAUGGAACAUGUAUUUUGGUGCUAGAGUUUAAUAGAAACAUGGGGAUAUAAUCAUGUAGCACAAGAGGGGGUUACCAGUCAUUCCUUAUCUACAAACAGCUUUAUGAAAUGGCCCCAAGUGGUUUGGAUGUUCCUUAAAGCUGCUCGUAUAGUUAUGCACAAAUUAAACACGAAUGGAACGUGUAUUUUGGUGCUAAAGUCAGAUAUGUAUGGAUUUACCGUGUAGCACAAGAAAGGGUCACCAGUCUGCAUAAAGUCAUUCGUAACUUUAAUACGAGCAGCUUUAUGAAAAUGAGCCCAGGGUGAUGUUUCACAAAGCUCAUAAAGUUAUGCACGACUUCAAGCAUGAUUAACAUAGGGAUGUAUCAUGUAGCACAAGAAAGGGUCAUCAUGCUCCUAUUAAUCCAGUGGUUGAAAUCUAAGAGGGGGGGUCACGAUAGUUGUCAGCACUGUCAAAGUUGUCAAUUGAUGGCUUUAUAAACAGUCAGAGAUCAGUGCUCCUUGGCCGUUCAAACGCAAAGAUUUCACAAAAAUUGUCCGAGCAGUUAUAUGCCUGUAUGGAUGGUUCAUGGGCCAGUUAUAGAACGACUUAUGAUAACAGGAGCUUUGUCAUUAUGGCAGUUACCAUGGAAACCUUUAUUUUUGAUAUAUGGGCCAAGAACAUGAAUCUCACCAUUGUCCUUGUUUGAGAGGACCUUUACUUUUACAUUGAGUACUGCUGUUUAGCCUGAGAUAGAGGUACCAUUUCAUCAAGCUCGCCAGCACUGACAAGUUGUCUUUCUUUGAUACCAUAGUAGCAGUCACAGUCAUACCCCAGUGCUUUUCAGGGCCAACCAAAAUCAUGGAUUUAAGUGAAAUUAUCAAUUGACACUUGUGUCAGUUCUGACAUCUGCAAUGCACCCAAAGUUGGUUUCUCAAAAAAAAAAAAAUAUAUAUAUUGUGUGGACCUCAGGAUCGGUGAAUAUCAGUUUGUCUGGGUUUUUUUCGGGGAAACUACGAACUAGCUUAUAUGGCAAGCCAAAGUAUAUCUCCACCAUUUUUAAUCACGUAAAGUGAGUUGAAAUACGAUGCAGACGUUGGUAAAGAUUUUAAAAGUUAUAUAAAGGUGCUUUUGAAACAUCUUAGGCCAAAAAGAAGACACAGUUCUGGGGAUUUUUUUUCACAAACGUCACUCGUAUGUCAUUCAUGAUGAUCAAAUGAUGUCUUGAUUCAAGCACAAUGAUAUUGGGUGCAAGCCGUAAUCUUGUGAAUUGUCUGCAUUUCAGUCUUAAUGUACCUUUAUUAGUUGUACUUAUGCAGUGUUACCAGAAAAGUGCAUCAGAAAAUUUUUGAAUACUUUGCCUCAAAAAGGUUUUUCAUCGCUUCAUUGGUUAAAACAUCUUCCAAGGAAAAGACUGAUCGGCCAAGAUCCACCAUUCAACUUAUUUUGAGACAACAACAGAAAAGAUUAAUUUACAAGUUUGUUUGAAAAUGAGUAAUGAUAGAAAUUGUGGAUAAUUAUAGAGUGAAGGGAGGGGGUUCGUUUCCCUUUUUGGUCAAAACCAAAUGACCUCUUUUUUAUUCAUUUUAUUUUCAGCUUGUCAAUUUUUUCCCAGAAAAUGUGCCUCCCUCUCCUACUUUGUGAAUCCUUUAUCUACCAUUGUUUACAUCAUGAAAAAAAAAUCCAAUAUCUCACGAAAGAGCACCUGCAACCGCCCCUACCCCCAGCCCUUAAACCUUGACCAACAUAUAUGUGUAUGUAUAAUAUAGUCUAAUGUACUCUUUGUAAAGCUUACUUGUAUAAUAAAAAUUUGCAAAGCAAAUUAGAAUGAUGAUA